ACAGGAGUUGAAUGUCGAUAGAUUUUUAUUUUUUAUCUGGAAGUUGGUGUAAACAUAAAUUGAUAUCCCAUGGCAACUCCUGCAACAGGAUGAAUAUGCCAUGUGCAGUGUUUCCAAACCAGAUCAGAUUCACUUAAUCUUCAUGCAAAGGGUCACGGUGUGUAUUGGGCGAAGUCCUCUAUGAUUUAUGCCCGAUUGUAUGGGACAGUCGGACUUUCUGCUGAAAUCUAUUCAAAGUACUGAUAGAAUAAUUCUAUUUCACAACUUAUCAAUCAAUUUCAUCCAGAGAGCAAAUAAUGUUCUUGGAGAGGGUACACAAACCGUGCCAACUUGCCUUCCAUCAUGCAAAGGCAAUUACUCCAGAGACCCACCUCAACAACUCGCCAGCCUUUUUAUCAGUCGAACAGAAACCAAUUACGGAUCACAGAAUCCAGAAAUUUAUGAGAUUGAUUUGAAGUUACUGUGAAAUUUAUGAGAAAACAAAAGCAGUUCAUGUGAUUAAUCAUGGGGCCUUAUCAUUCAUCAGUGUUGGUCAACAUGGACCAAGUAGCAGUUAGCAGACCACAACCUGCUCCCUCCCUCCCUCCCAUAUAAAUAAAACUCACUCUUGACUUUUCUGUCCAAAUUCCAAUCUCGACUCCAUCUUCACUCUCUCACAGACACAGCCAUGGGCAGGUCUCCCUGCUGUGAGCAGGCUCACACCAACAGAGGAGCUUGGAACAAGGAAGAAGACGAUAGACUCAUCGCUUACAUCAAAGCUCACGGCGAAGGCUGCUGGAGGUCUCUACCCAAAGCUGCAGGCCUUCUGCGCUGCGGCAAGAGCUGCCGCCUCCGGUGGAUGAACUACCUCCGACCCGACCUCAAGCGCGGUAACUUCACCAGCCAAGAGGACGAGAUCAUCAUCAACCUCCACGCCUUGCUCGGAAACAAAUGGUCGGUGAUAGCAGCGAAGCUACCGGGAAGGACGGACAAUGAGAUCAAGAACCACUGGAAUACCCACAUCAAGCGCAGGCUCAUCGGCCGUGGGCUCGACCCCAAGACCCACCGCCCCAUCAAGACUACAGCUGCCGCGGUUUCUCCGGCGCCACCGCCGGCGCACGAUUUUGCCGUUGUUUCGUCGAACGAUAUCGACGCGGCGCCGGAGGAGGGGCAGAGCAGCACCACCUCCGGAGACGUCGUCAACCUCGACCUCAGCAUCAGCCUUUGCCUUCCUUCUUCGCGGUCGCGCACGGCCUGGCCGGAGGUCGCGACGACGCCGCCACCUCCGGCGGAUGAAGCCGCCGCGUCUCCGACGACCAUUUGCUUCUGCUACCACCUGGGCUUUCGCAGCGGGGAGGUCUGCAGCUGCCAUAUUGCGAGCUCCAGGAGGCAUUCCCUUGGCUUAUACAUGCGAUUGGAAGAAGGGCAACGGAUUGAAAAUUAUUGUGUGGACAGCUAAUUGGUUAACCAUGAUUGAUGGGGUUUUUUUCCUUCUUUUUUAUGAAGUUGCAUAGAUCAGCUUCAGGUGGUUUGGUAGGCGAAUUAAUUAGUUAAUGAAGAGUCCGUUCACAUAUGGUUGGGAUUCUGCCAUGGACGUAGACUUGUCUCCUGCAUUGUUUUCGCAGCAGAAAUCGGUAGAAAUGGAGUUGAUGAUC